AACGUAUUUUUCUAUGGAAGCCCAUUUUCAACUGAAAGCUUAUAACAAGUUUGAUUUUGCUUAUCGGGCCUUUUGGCCCAAAUGAAAAGCUCAACUAAACUCCAUGGGCCAACCGCCGCCGAUGAUCUCAAACUCUCCUCCGGUCUCCCUCUCUUUCUCUCUAAUGGCGCCUCCGAGGAUUCUAUUGACUGGAGAUCCCCUUGGCCACCUAUAUCAGCUCUUCAAACGCGUUUCAUCGGUUAAUAAAUCAACCGGUCCAUUUGAUGCCGUAUUAUGCGUUGGGCAGUUCUUCCCGGAAUCGUCCGAACAUUUGGAGGAGCUGACUGAGUACGUAGAAGGUCGGAAGAAUAUCCCGCUACCGACCUAUUUCAUCGGCGAUUAUGGAGCUGGAGCUGCCAAGGUCCUAUCAGCUGCUGCGAAGGAGACUGGUAAUCAAGGGUUUAAGAUGGAUGGCUUGAAGAUUCGGGAUAAUUUGUACUGGUUGAAAGGCAGUGGCAAGUUCACACUCCAUGGUUUAUCUGUGGCAUACUUGUCUGGUAGGCGAUCACCAAGUGGUCUAAUUUAUGGAACUUAUACCCAAGAUGACAUCGAUGCUCUGAGGGCAUUAGCUGAAGAACCUGGAAUCAUAGACAUAUUCCUCACAUAUCCUUCUUACCUCUUUCAGUUUCAAGCUUCAACAUCCAAUAUUCCUCCAGGAAUAUCAGAUUCCACAGGUAGUGAUGCUGCAAUAUCAGAGCUAGUUGCAGAAAUCAAGCCCCGCUACCAUGUUGCAGGAUCUAAGGGUGUAUAUUAUGCUAGAGAACCAUAUAUGAAUGAUGAUGCUGUACAUGCAACCCGUUUUAUAGGAUUAGCUCCAGUAGGAAAUGCAUCUAAGCAGAAAUUUAUUCAUGCAAUUUCUCCAACUCCAGCAUCUACCAUGUCUUCUACUGAGAUAUCUACCAAACCACCAAACACCACCUUAUCUCCAUAUACUCAAGCAGAACCAGAAAAAAGAUCUGCUGAAAGUGUUUCAGAUUCACAGUAUUGGCGAUAUGAUGUCUCAAAAAGACAAAAACUUGGAAGUGGUGAGAGUGAUAAGUUGUGUUUCAAAUUCAUUUCUUCUGGUUCUUGUCCACGUGGCGACACGUGUCACUUUCGCCAUGAUAUGGAAGCAAGGGAACAAUCCAUGAGAGGUGUAUGUUUUGAGUUUUUGAAUAAAGGGAAAUGUGAAAGAGGUGAAGAUUGCAGCUAUAAGCAUAGUUUGCAGGAAAAAGGAAAUUCAAGAUCAAAGGAAUGUUGGUUUUGUUUAUCGAGUCCAAAUGUGGAAUCACAUUUGAUUACCAGUGUUGGUGAGAAUUGUUACUGUGCUCUUGCUAAAGGACCAUUGGUUCAAGAUCAUGUACUCAUAUUACCAAUUGAACAUCUACCAAAUACUCUCACUUCACCUCCAGAAUGUGAGAUAGAGUUGGUUAAAUUUCAGAAGAGUCUUAAAGAUUAUUUCAAGAGCCAUGGAAAAGAAGUUGUUUUCUUUGAGUGGGUUUACAUAAGAACAACUCAUGCUAAUCUACAGGCGAUUCCGGUUCCUUUAUCAAGAGCAUCUGCUGUUCAGGAUAUCUUCAAUUUAGCUGCUGAAAAGUUGGGAUUCAAGUUUAUGGUGCUAAAAAGUGACAAGAGUUCAGAGGGAAGAAAAUUGGUGCGUAGGGAGUAUGAUGGAAAAAGUAGUUUAUUUUAUGUGGAACUCCCUGGAGGUAUAAUAUUAUCACAUGUGGUUGAAGAGAAUGAGAAAUUUCCAGUGCAAUUUGGUCGUGAGGUUUUGGCAGGGUUGUUAAACAUGGCAGAUAGGGCUGACUGGAGGAAUUGUAAGCUUAGCAAAGAUGAAGAAUUAAAAAUGGUUGAAAGAUUUAAGACUAGUUUCCAAGAAUAUGAUCCGAAUAACUAAUUCAUGAAUGUGUAUUGAGCAUAGGAAAGAUUGUGGAAAGUUGUUUACAUGAUCCAAUUGACCAAGUCAUUUUUUUUAAUCUUUUUUUGGUGUGGAAAAUGUUAUUGGUAAAAAAAAUCUUAUGAUUUCUAAUUUUCUAUGCUCUAAAAUGUAGUAGAGGU